GCCUUAUCACCAUUUUCUCCGAUAGCUCUUCGUAUUAUCUAUGAUCAUAACGAACCUCAAAAUGAGAAAUGGAUAUACGUCUCUGAAUGGUUAUCACCUUGGCAUUCAAGUACAAUUUUUACAACCGAACAACGAGGCAGAUUUCCCGGAAUUUCAAUCUUCUGUUGGUUAGCUUUUAUUUCAAAUUGGAUUAGUUAUUUAUCUCGAUAUGAAUUAUAUCACACCUGUCUUGGUUAUUCACGCCCUGAAACAACAAUCUUUUCUAAAGCGUGCAGAUUAACAGAGCCAUUUGGUUCAUGUUAUACUUUUUCUCAUUCUCUAACAUGUGGUCAAAUAAGUUUAUUUGAUGGUUGGAUAUUAUGGUUAAGUAGUUUGAUGAUGCAGCAAAUUACUAAAUUCUCAGUAAAAUUACUAGAUUAUAUUAACAAGAAAUACAUUAAAUGUUUACCUGUGUGUCGUUUAUCUUCAACUUAUAAUCCACUUAAAGGCUCGUCUACAGCUAUAUAUGUUUUUACUGAUGUUGAUGAGAUUUAA